AUUUAAUAUUAAUGUGUAAUUUGAUUCAGGGGUAGAACUGAAGAUAGAAGUGGUUAGAGUAAAGUAGUUGCACAGUCUUGCACAGAGGCCAGGCCAUGGCUCAGACUUACCACAGUACCCUUGGAAUUGAAUUUUCUUACACACGUUAGCACUCUUCAUAUUACAAAUUACAACACGACAGCGCACAGGGCGUACAGACUCGCAAAGGCCAAUCAGCAAAUAUCUCUUCGAGCUGCGCUUAUCGGAGCCAAACAUUCGCCGUCAUUAGAGGAAUCAAAGGAUAUGUAGCUUCAGAGGGGUUACGAACAUGCCAAUCACAGUGAAGGUGGACAUGUACACUUUCAGAGUCUUCUCGUUAGAGAUUAUUUGUAAAUGCAGAAAAUGGGUGAAGCAAGAGGAAAUCCAACUGACUGGGCUUAUGAUUGCUAUAGAAAGGCAGCAUAGAUGUUUUUGUUGAGGAUGAUGAGCAAGCACCGAACGACGUCAUAAAGGUAGAGAGGUUUUUUAUGGGCACUUGGUGCAUUCAAAAAGACCCCACUUUAAGCCCUGUUGUAAAGAUGGUAAUCUUGAUGCUUGGCGGUAUUCUUCAAGUUACUAUUCCACCGUGUUCAUGUUCUUUCUCCGGCCAUUAUUUCUAUUUUCUUUGGCUUCUCUUGCUUUCCUUGAUUCAUAGACGCAGUUAGAUGGAAAAGCAUGCCGUGUUGCAGAGCGGGAUGAUUUUUCCAACUUGUGUGGAAUUGAAUUGCAAGUUGAAGUUUCUUUCCUACAUAUUCGAAGACGCAGAGUUUCGGAUUAUAUCUUGGGCCCCACUUAAGCAACGGGACCACCAUUUAAGAAAUGAAAUAGAAGUUGGAUCUACACUGUUUCUCUUCCAUUCUCGUUUCCAUUUUCUUGAUUAGCUCUUCUACGCUGACCGACUUCAAUACUGAUUAAUUGGGAUUGCAUUCUUGACCUGGUCUUGACGCGCAGUGUUAGGUUUUUAGCUUUCAAAUGAUAAAUUAGCGGGUCCCGUUUGCAGUUAGUUCUCUGCUUCUUGGCAUCCUUUUGAGUUGUUAGUGGUCAUUCAAAACCUUUCCCCAUGUCUACGUUUUGAAAACUUUAGGCUUUCAGUCUCUGCAUACAGUACAUACGUGUUCCAAUUAUGUCUAACAGAGUAGCCAACACUUGCCUGGACCGGGUCGUUCAUAACCAAACCCACCUCAUGUCUCCUACAAAGCAAGUUUUUUCCAGUUAGCCUAUGAUAGUCCUUUUCUCUUUCCAAGAAUUUUCUGCAUGUUUGACUCUUGGAUUUUGGAGAACCACAGUUUGCUUUUCUUUUUGGAUUCUCUUCUUAUAGUUGCCAUUGAGCAUUCUUUGUUCAUGGUAUAGCUUAUCCAAUUUUAGGAACAAAACCAAACUGUUUAAUUUAAGCAGUAAUGGCUUCUCCUCUUUCUCGUCCUCUUCUCCUCAUCUUGCUUUGUUGUCUGCCAUGUUUAUUGCUUGCUCAAAAUGGAGAUACCAUAAUCGUAGGUGACUUUCUUGCUGCAGCUGACCCAGCAGAAUCAUGGCUUUCUCCUUCUGGGGAUUUUGCUUUUGGGUUUCGCCAGCUUGAGAAUAAGAAUCUUUACUUGCUUGCCAUAUGUUAUAACAAAAUUUCAGACAAAACCAUAGUCUGGUAUGCAAAUGGAGAUGACCCCGCACCAACCGGAUCCAAGGUGGAGCUAACGGCUGACCGCGGGCUAGUGCUUACUAGUCCUCAAGGCAAAGAGAUUUGGAAAUCUGGUAUCAACAUAGGAGAUGCCGCUCGAGGUAUGAUGAAUGAUACAGGCAACUUUAGGAUAGUGAAUACAGGCGGUGAAAAGUUAUGGCAGACCUUUGAUGAUCCUAAAGAUACAUUGCUGCCCGGACAAGCACUAGAGAGAGGUGGGAAAAUACUUUCUUCUAGACUAAGGGAGACCAACUUCUCUCGAGGAAGGUUUCAGUUCCGUUUGAUUCCAGACGGGAAUGGUGUGCUUAAUGCCAACAAUUUGCGCACUGGGGAUGCAUAUGAUGCAUAUUACUGGACUAAUACUGUGGAUGCUAACUUAUCAAAUGCUGGGUUGCGAAUAGUAUUCAAUGAGUCAGGUUACUUGUACACCUUGAGAGCAAGCAAUAAAAGAGAGCUCAUAACUCCAGAAAGAGUAGUCCCAACUACAGAAUAUUAUCACAGAGUAACUCUCAAUUUUGAUGGAGUUUUAACCCAAUAUUCACACCCCAAAAAUUCUACUGAUAACGGAAAUUGGUCAAUCAUUUUUUCCGCGCCAGAAAAUAUUUGCUUUCUUAUUACCGAUAUAGGAACUGGGCCUUGUGGCUUUAACAGUGUCUGCCAACUCAAUGCAGAUCAACGGGCAAUCUGUAGAUGCCCACCAAGGUUUUCUUCAGUCGAUCCAGGUGAUGACUAUGCAGGCUGCAAACCCGACUUUUCUACUCAGUUUUGUGAAGAUGCGCCUAGUACUUCCCCAGAAGAUUAUGAUUUCUUGGAGUUGACGAAUACUGAUUGGCCAACAUCUGAUUAUGAGAGGUAUGAUAGUUAUAACAUAGAAGAGUGUCAAAAAGCUUGCAUCCAAGAUUGCUUCUGUAAUGUAGUCGUGUUCAGAGGAAGUUGCUGGAAGAAAAAGCUGCCACUCUCAAAUGGAAGGCAAAGUGAGAAAGUUAAUGGUAGGGCAUUUAUAAAAGUAAGAAAAGAUGAUUACAUGGGAAGAGGUCUACCUCCUCGUCCAUUUCCUAAUGCAAAGGAAGACCAGGACAGUUUGGUCCUUGUAAUUUCUGUGCUCUUAGGCAGCUCUGUGUUUAUCAACUUCAUAUUAAUUGGGCUCGUGACCUUUUGCUUUUUAUUCUUCUACCACAAGAAAUCCACUGGGAUUCCUCAAGGUGAAAAAUCCAAUUUGCGGUGCUUCAGCUACAAGGAGCUUGUGGAAGCAACAAAAGGCUUCAAGGAAGAGCUAGGAAGGGGAUCUUUCGGCAUUGUUUAUAAAGGGCUAAUAGAAAUGGGUACUACAGUUCCUGUUGCUGUGAAGAAAUUGGAUAGAGUAGUUGAAUAUGGUGAGAAAGAAUACAAGGCAGAAGUUAAAGCGAUCGGCCAAACACACCACAAGAAUCUGGUCCAGCUUCUAGGAUUUUGCGAUGAGGGACAACAAAAACUAUUGGUAUAUGAGCUCCUGAGCAAUGGAACAUUAGCAAACUUCCUUUUUGGGGAUACAAAACUCAGCUGGAAACAGAGAACUCAAAUUGCAUUUGGGAUAGCAAGAGGACUUGUGUACCUACAUGAAGAGUGCAACACGCAGAUCAUCCAUUGUGAUAUAAAGCCUCAAAACAUUCUGGUUGACGAGUAUUAUGAUGCCAAGAUUUCGGAUUUCGGAUUAGCAAAGCUCCUGUUGCUGGAUCAGAGCCAAACAUUUACCACCAUUAGAGGAACCAAAGGGUAUGUAGCACCAGAGUGGUUUAGGAACGUACCAAUCACAGUGAAGGUGGAUGCGUAUAGUUUCGGUGUCUUGUUGCUAGAGAUCAUCUGCUCUCGAAGAAGUGUUGACACAGAAAUAAGUGGAGAGAGGGCAAUUUUAACUGAUUGGGCAUAUGAUUGUUAUAUGGAAGGGAGAAUAGAUGAUCUUGUUGAAAAUGAUGAGGAAGCCUUGAGUGAUUUGAAGAAGGUCGAGAGGUUUUUGAUGGUUGCAAUUUGGUGCAUUCAAGAAGAUCCAACUCUAAGACCAACUAUGAAGACCGUAAUCUUGAUGCUUGAAGGUAUUAUUCAAGUGGCUGUUCCACCAUGUCCAUGUCCAUGUCCAUUUAGCGUUGUUAGUUGAAACUGGCUCUCCAAGCUCACUGCAUACAGUUGUUAUGCCUUUUGUAUCCUAUGUAAUAAUAAUACAUGAUUCACAAUCAUGCCUGUUUUAUCAAGUUGAAAAAAUUCCUGUUA